AUGAAAACCGAAGCAGCUUCAUCCGACGCGUCGCCUUCGUCACCAGAAACAAGACAUGUGCAUCCGCUGCCUUACAAGACCAUUGUGGAAGAACUAUUAUGGGUCAACAGAACCAUUCUUGCCGCAUCGUCCGCCGCCGUAGUAGGCGUCAUUGCAGGAUACCCGUUCGAUUCGGUCAAAACGAGAAUGCAGACCCAACCGUACGCAUCGAUUACCGCAUGCGUGAAACAGACAUACAAGGAAGAAGGCAUUCGUGGGUUCUUCAGAGGUGUAAUUCCUCCUCUGAUCACAGUCAGUAUCAUCAAAUCGGUGUCAUUCUCGGUGUAUGAACAGACCAAGGCAUGGGGCAAAAAGAUGUACCCCGAGACGUUGAAUCAGAACACGUUACAGUCGACCAUGGCCAUUGCCACGUUGGGCGGUUGCAUUAGUGGCGCGUUCAUUGCGACGUUCAGCUGUCCUUUUGAAUUGGUCAAGAUCCAGAAACAGUUGGAAUUUCUGCUGCAGGCCAGCAGUAUUUCCACAGGAGUCACCGUGGUUCGUUCAGCACCCGAUCACGAUGUCAAGUCAUGGCCCAAAUCCACCGUUAAUAAUACCGUAGGCGCAGGCUUGCCUAUCGCUCCCACCGCCAAACCACCACCGGCUUCGCCUUCCUCCACCUCCACCUCCUCAUGCUCCACCAUCACAUCCACCUCCAUCUCCUCCUCUAAAGCCUUGUUUAGUGAUACUCCCGUCAUGAACUCUAUACCACGAGCACAGCCUCAUACCACCACCAUCACCAAAAGAAAAUCGUCCACGUCCAGUUGGCAUUCCGCACGAGAAAUUGUGCGUAAAAAGGGCUUCUUUGGCUUAUAUCACGGUUUUGGCUUGCAUUUUGGGACCGGCGUUUACUUUGGAGGUUAUGAGACGACCAAAUAUCUGUUGACACGACAAAACCAGGCCGCCGGUCCGUUGACUCAAUUUGUGGCCGGUGGGGUGUGUGGGAUUCUGUGCUGGUUGGUGGUGUUUCCCAUGGAUUUGGUGAAAUCCAUCAUCCAAAAGGAAACGCUUUCACCGCAUCCAUCGUAUAAAAGCGUGUCGGAUUGCGUCAAAGACAUCUACAAGUUCAAGGGAGCCUCCGGAUUCUAUCGUGGCAUCACCGUCACCUUGAUCCGCGCCUUUCCCAUCCAUUCUCUCAACUUUCUAGUGUACGAGCAGACGCUCGUCUUGGUGAGGCAUCUGUCCAAUCACUCGGAACCCGUCUCAUUGUGA